AUGGAAUUACACUUUAUAGAACCCUUGACAGCGAUUAAGAUUGAAACGCGAGGGGAAAAGAAAAAGAGAAAAGCUAACAUUUUCAUUGAAUUCCGCAAGUCAAUGAAACGAUAUAAACCGCAUAAGAUGAGAAUGACGACCUAUAGUAAAUUAAUUUCAAAAAUGUGGUACAAAUUACCAGAUGAAGAAAAGAACAAAUUACGUAGAAAUUAUCAAAUUUCUCGCGACACGGAUGGCGAAAAUAUGAUCCUUAACCCUCCGGCUGAGUCAAAUUACGUGGUCAAUGAUGAUCAAUUUCAAAAUAUAGUCGAUCCGAUGGCCAAUGUCUACGAAACAAACAUAAGGAAUAUAUACUUAAUGUACUAUACAUUUUAG